CACAAAUCGCCCCAAAUCUUUCGCUAACAUGGAAGCGAAACAUCUUUUGCUGAGCAGUCAACAUUGCGCUCGACCAACAUCGACCACAAUAAUCUGCAACCCUGAACAAGCAGUUUGAUUGAGAGAAUGACAUUCCUUGGAAAGAAAAGCCGAUGCAUCGGUAUUCUGGGAUGGAUGCUCCUUGGAGCUCCUGCGGCCUUGGCCACAACCAACACCGGCGGAUUCUCCUUGACUAAUACCAAACCCGAUCAGGUUAUCACAAGCUAUUCGAUUGCUGAAGGAGCAACUGGCCUGAUGCAGGUAGUGUUGCUUUCAACGGAAAGAUAUCCAAACGAACAGAACCUCAAACUGCGACUCUAUCGUGACGAUGAUUGGGUUAAUGUCAAGAGACUUUCGACCUGCCAAGAAAAGGCACAACUUGCCCGCGACACGGUUGAUAUCACCUUUGAUACAGAGACAGAAACACAGAUGAAAGAAUGGGGAUACAAGAAGCCACGAUGGAGGUCCGAGACUCACUUGAGAAUUGAGCCGGUCGAAGAGGAAUCAACUGACUACGUGCCUCGCCAUCACUACUGGUAUGUUGUCAUGGAUGAUUGCAGCUUGGAGGGCGAGUACCGCGCUACCAUGCCCCGGGUGAAAUAUUAUCUCCAAAUUUACAACAUGCUCAAUGAAAAAGCCAUUACACAUUUUUCUACGGACGAAUUUUCGUUGAGCCGAGUUCACACAUUCACCAUGCUCUUUGGUGCCGCUUUGUGCUUCAUGCUUUUGUUCAAAAUUGGCUGCGAUUUGACCUCGUCUGGGAUUGUCCAUGUGUCCAACUUCAUGGUUCUGGGAGCUAUCACUUUUUACAUUGCUGCGUCGGUGUUUCAAUUGAUGCAUUUGAACUUUUAUCGCUACGAUGGUGAAUCUUGGUUCUGGUUGGAGGAAUUGUCGGCUUACACCGAUGCAAUUUGCGACGGAAUGAUUUGCUUCCUGUUGUUGGCUAUCGCCUCUGGAUGGACUCUGCCAACUGAUGUCAUUUCUGUCCAGCAUAGCCAAGACAAUGCGACAGUAAUUCAGAAAAUCCUUGUUGGAUUGGCCAAUCCGACUGGGGCGAAGAGCUGGAUCAAUCCGUUCAGCACGCUCUAUGCAGGAUCGAUCAUGGUUCACUUGACGCUGGCGCACUGGGGACUUUCUUACCAGGACGAUUUCGACAGCUACCACGACUUGGAACAUGCCCCCGGUAAAGUGCUAAUGGGUCUGCGAUCCUUUGCGGGUAUCGUCAUGCUGGCGGCCACAGUUAUGACACGCUUCAAGUGUACACACAACGCUCUUCAUUCAUUCUAUUUCCGCUUUGCUAUUGUGGGAACAAUCUGGUUCCAGGGAUUGCCACUCAUCACUUUCAUGUGCAAUAAUUUCGUUGCGUUUCAUCAAAGACACCCUACGGUAAUUAUUGCUUGUGCUGUGCUCCAAUCAACUUCUUUGCUACUUCUUGGUUGGCUCGUAUCAGCGGAUGAAGACGAAUCAUCGUACCAUCGAAUGAGCCACAUGACGCAAAGCGGGGACAACAAUUUGACCGAAAAGGUAGCCAGCGCUGGAGGAGGAACGUGCAAUGCUGUUACAUGGAAACUCUUCGGUAAGAGCAAGGUCCGGCUUGACUAACGGGAUACUGCGGUACGGACUUCAGGCAACAGAGAGCGACGCGGAAUCAAAGAUGAUGUUAGGAGGACUUCAUGAAGUGGUUAACCGCUGAAACAUUAGAACAGUAAACAUUUUACUAGGAACAGAACAGUACUUU